AUGGCUCAGUCUCUGUCAGGGAAGUCCUCCCCAGAGGAAUCUGCAGAGAAAGACCUCUGUGUCUCUGAGCUUAAGGAGAAAGAGCUCUUUGUCGCUGAGCUUCAGAUGACCAAGGAGGAGUUUUUCACGCUCCUGAUUAACUUGGUGAAGCACGUGGACCUGACCUCAAUGCAGGUGGUCGUACCGGCGCUCCUGAAGAUGCUGAGGGAAAUGCCCGAGAGCUUCCAGAGUGCUUCCCAAGAGCAUCCCGAGAGCUCCGUCUCUGGUCCUGGCGGCGCUCAGGACCUUCCCGGCUCUCGCCCCGACUCUCCCUCUCUCACAUAUGUCGAGGAUGAAACCGAUAUCAUGGUGCUAAAGAAUGAAGUCCUCACGGAAAUCAUUCCCAAAGUAAGAAGCAGCAGGUUAUCAUCGACUGACUCAUCGUGCCCCUCAAGAAAGAGGUCCCAGUCUUCUCUGCUGAGUCAACUUGGCGUCACCGAGGACGAUAUAAAAGAAAGUGUUCAGGACACUCUGAGCAAAAUGCAUGUGAUUGGCUCCACCACUGGGUCCGCGGGAGAGCUGAUCAAUGCCAUUGUCCAGCAGAUAGUGGUAAGCAUUAAGGCUAGCCUAGCCGAGAUGAAGAGAACUACUGGUACCAAGUCACCGAGAGCGGCUGCUCUACGGAGGAAAUCCAGCACUGAUCAGCUGGUUCAAGAAGUGUCCAGAAAGCUCUUUGAGUUUGCAAGGGCACAAGACCGGGUCUGCAUGUCUGAGCGAGAGGUUGAGUCAUCUUUGGCUUCAACAGUGAGUGAAGCAAUGACUGCAGCGAUCCAGGCUUUGGAAAGUGGUUCGGAUGACCAGGAGACCAAGGGCAAAUGGGCAAAACGGAGUCUGGCACGCAUCAAAAGAGCUGUGCCAGCUCUAAUGUGCCAAUGUGCCAGCUCCAACGUGCCAAUGUGCCAAUGUGCCUGUUCCACGGGCGUUAUUUCGGAUGUGGAGGGUGAAAAGGAGGUCAAAGAAGUGCGCAGGGAAAGUCAGAGGCCUGAGCAGAGCAUCAAAACUGUUUCCAGUGAGGAAUUUCACAGCAAGGCCAAGAAAGCGGUCAGCGAUGUUCUCAUCGGAGAACUUAAAACAUUGCACUCUGCUCCUCGUGCUCCUUCCAGUGACUCCCCAGGAGCCGGAAGUGAGGCUUCAUCUUCACGUCCUCAGCCCGUCGAGGAAGCUGCUACCAUCCUCAUCGAGACAUUCGUGGACGAGAUGAAGAAGGUGGCUCAGUCUGCUGAAUAUGCGGAUGAGCCCGUGUCUCCUGACGAUCAUCUCCUCAGCCAGACACCCGGAGUCUCCGGUGUUAAAAAGAAGGAGACGGUUCAGUUGGCGGCAGCAAAGAUUUAUGGACAAGUCCAAAUGACACUGAAGGAUUUCUUCAAGAGGCUGCCCCUCCAGCAGAGCCAACGCUGCGCCACCACACUGAGAACCGAGGACCCACAGCAAUCCGACUCAUUGGCCCCGGAUGUCCACUCUGCCGGAGACGAACAGGAAGCAGAGCUCCCAGCAAGCAGCAGGAGUGAACAAGCUCUUCCUGUGGCCGAAGCACAGAGUCCGGUGGACAUUGGUGAGGUGCGGAGCGUCAGUGGGUGCCCUUUGACCCCACUUCAGCUGGCCGCCUGCACCAGAAAUGUGUUAAAAGGAGUGGUGGCCUCCUAUCUGUCUGGACCGGAGCGAACGUCGUCUCGUGAACAGGAGGCUUCACCAGAGCUGCUGGCAGCUAAGAGCAGUUUGUUAGAAGGCGUAAUCGUCCAGUUGGAAGAUAUGGCCGGCUCUAACUCCCAUGGAUGCAAUGAGGACGAUCCCUCAAAACUGACAGGAACGGAUGUCACUGGAGGGCUUAGUAAGCCCUGCUCACUUACUAGCUUGAGAAGAUUGUCCAGUGUAGAAUUUCAAAUGAACGCUUUUGAGUCGGUUACUAAUGUGCUUGUUGCUUCAGUGCGAAGCUACUCCUCCUUAAAAUCGUACGCUUCGGACAUCGACAAAGACGAAUUCCGAGGAGUACCAUGGAACGACUUUUCCUCCAAAGAUGUGGAUGCUGUCGUCACAGAAAUAGUCAAUCAAUUUGUGAGCGACAUACAGACGCAUGCUUUCCUCGCGUCUCCAAGUCCUGACCCAGUGGACGCCUGCUCAUCUGAAGCCGAGCCACAGUCAUGGAGGAGCAAGCUUGCCCUCUCAGACAAGCCAUUCAUUUCCUCAGCUUCAAAGAUGUAUGAGAAUCUGCUAGGUAAAGUUGGCAAGUUUUUUGCUCAGUGCUCCAUCAGGUGUAACGCCCCAGGGAAGCAGCGCACAGAUGAUGAGCAUGAGAUGGAUCCGUCUCUAAAUACCAAUGAUGCAACAACACAGAGCAACAACGAUACGGUGCUUGCCAAUCCUCUCAGCCAUAGGGAAGAUGUCACUAACAUGGCCGACCUUGAUGGCUGCACGAGAGACAUGAUGUCGGAACUUUUAACGGUGCUGGAUGAAGAGAGCGCAAAGGAGGACACCGAAAACCGAUCCGCUACCGUGACAACAGACAUGAUGGUGGACCCGUCCAUCCACCGUUUUGCUGAUGGAGAACAUUCUGAUAAAUCUGCUGAGAAGGAUUGCAGUGUUUCACUGACCUCAAUAACUGAGAUGAUUGAGGAAUUCUGCAGUGAGAGUGUUCAGAUGAAUGCGGUCAAGCAAGUCAGUGAAGUGUUGCUUCACUCUGCCAUCAACCUGUCAAGGCCUUCCAGCUCCUUGCAAACAGAGCACACUGCAUGUCAAGUGGUCAAAGCCGUUGUUGAAGGUGUACAGCAUAUUUUGGAGUCAACUUCAUCAUGCGUUACGAAGGAUAACACCUGCUCUGACAUCAAAGGAGACAGUGUGCCCAGUUCACAGUGUAAUGAGCGAACGAGGGAAGAUCUUAACAUACAAAUCUGGACAACCAUACGUGGGAUGUUCAGUACCUCACUGCGAAAAGUGAAGGAUUUGUUUAGGACGAGCCAGCCGCUUUACUCCAAGACCACAUGCAAAUCGUACGCACAUGCAAAGGAGGUUAUUAGCAAAGCGCUCCUCAGGAUUAGAGGAAGCCUUCUAAAGUCAGGGGAUCUUGACAGUCUAGAUAAUCUCAGCUUUGUUAAAGAGAUCAUAAAUAAUAUACUGGUAAACAUUGGAGAGGCGGAGGACCAUGCCGGACCAGAGCAAACCGCUACUGACCUCGAGAGACCGGCUUCCGCUUCAUCUAAAUGGUCAGAGAGCAGCUCCAAUUCUAGCUCUGAGAAUUUUCCCGGGGUUGUCACGGUAACAGAGGGACCUACGGAGGGCGCCGCAGAGGGACAGACGCACACGGACGUGAGCGUCAAAGACACGGAUGGACCCCAUGCUUGCAUAACUCAACAAGCAGUUGCUAGCGUGGUGAAAAUGGUGAAAGACCAGAUCGAUUUAGAGAACGGCGGGAAUUCUUCAUUACAAACGCAGGGUGGAGGUCUCAACUCGGUCGAUAAUAAACUUGAGGAAUCUCUUUCCCAUAAAGCCUUCAACUCCCUCACGGACGACUUUGUCGAUGAAAUUUAUGGCCUUUUCAGGAGCAGCAACAGAACGGCCGCCCGCAAGUCUGCGUCAGACUCCGUGCUUCUGGAGUUGGGGCACUGCAGUGCCUCAAAGAGACGCCUUGUCUCUCAACUCAUCCACGUCUACUCCGAGGAGACGGUGAAACACUACCUUCUUCCUCAUUUCAAUCUGCCUUCCUCACGGGGCGUCAGUCAGGGAGGUCUCUUAAGGCCUGCCUCGGCACCAGUGCGUUGUCCCGGCAACAGCUCCUCAUCUGAAACACCAGUCAAUGGACAAGCGACAACAAAGGGGCCAAGGCCCCCGUCAAAAGUCCUCUGUGACAUAAUGGGCCUCGUCAUUAAAUCCAUGGUCAAGGAUGUCCUGAGCAGCCUGGAGGACCGCUUAGGUCAGCCACUUAAACCCGUCCAUGAGAAUCUACUGGGCACCCAGAGCUCAGCUGCCUCACUUCAAGAGGCGGGUUCCGACGGACACGAAGAUGCCACAGCUCUCCCUUUUCCUAAGAGCACGCCAGUGGACUCCGACAACUACGCCGGCCUAGUCACCCUGCUGGUCGUACGGCUGAUGAUGAAGAUCGAGGGUCAAGGGCUGCAGUCUGAAGACAUGCUGGACAAAUCCAGGCAGCUGAUCGACAAGAUCUUGUAUGUUUUUGAUAUUGUCUCUGGGAGUUCGAGAACCGACCCCUUCCCUCUCAGCGUCAGAGUCCAUAGAGUAUUCAGAACUAUCUACGGAGAUCUCCUAGGUGAGUUUGGCACUGAGGAGGCCCUUUCGAAAGUCAUGGACGCAGAUGACGCUUCCUUUGAGAAGACCCUGGUGACCUCGAUCACUAAACAGCUCCUACGGAUGUGCGAUGAGGCUUCAGGCGCACCACCAACCUUGCUGAACAAGGAUGUGACGGAGGACCAGGCAGAUUCCAGUGUCCCUGUAACGAACAAAAAGUGUAGGAAAGGUAUUCUGAGAUUCCUACCAAGAAUUCCAAAAUUGAAGAUCUUCCAGAAGAAAUCCAAAUCAGCGAACAUGGAAGAUUCCCAGGACUCCAGCAAAGAUCAGACCAAAUCCACUGUCAGUACGGUCACCCUCAGAGGGAGUCCCACUCCCUCCCAGCAGAGGGCAGGAGGGCGCAAGUCCAACAAAUGCCCGUCCCUCUUCAGGAGACUCUCUGCCAUCAUCAGAAGGAACUCAGACCUGAGUAACUAA